UUUCCCACCGCUGUCUUUUUCUUCGUCGUCUUCUUCUUCUUCUUCAAUUGUGUUUUCUGUAGAAGAAAUCAAUCUGCAAGGAAAUUCGUUUUCGUUUCGAUUUUGUGUGUAAAAAAAUGGCGAUCGAAGAAGAAGACGUGGAGAGCUGCGGGAGCAGAGCGGUGUUCUCGUCAUCGCAGGCUCAUCAGCCUCCUUCUCGCCAUCAGAGGCAGAAGCUCGAGGUCUACAACGAGGUUCUUCGCCGAAUCCAGGAUAAGAAUUACCAGGAAGCUGCUCUUCCCGAUUUCGAAGAUCAGCUAUGGCUUCAUUUCAAUCGUUUACCUGCUCGAUAUGCAUUGGAUGUAAACGUUGAGAGAGCAGAAGAUGUUCUUACGCAUCAGAGAUUACUCAAAUUAGCUGAAGAGUCUGUAGAUCAUCCCGCCUUUGACGUUCGAACUGUGCAGGUUCAUCCUGUAUUCAACGGGAAUUCUAUUGAUUCUGUCCAUUCAGAUGCUUCAAUGAAAGAAGAUGCACAGAGUUCUUAUCAUUCUGGCAGACAAGGGAUCCAUCCACCGCCCACCUUUGGUUCGUCACCUAUUCUUGAAACAUUUUCACUUCAAGCCAAUAAAGAAGAUGGAGAUGCUGCCAUGAGUGAGAGGCCCUCCUUUCAUAGACCCAUGCAUGAGAUCACUUUUUCAACAGUUGACAAGCCUAAGCUCCUUAGCGAGUUAACUUCAUUACUUUCUGAAAUUGGACUAAACAUUCAAGAAGCUCAUGCGUUUUCAACUUGUGAUGGAUAUUCUCUGGAUGUUUUCGUUGUUGAAGGUUGGGCUUAUGAGGAAACCGAGGAGCUUAAAGUUUUGUUGGAGAAGGAAAUGUUAAAAUAUGAGGAGCAAUCUUGGUCAAGACAGCAUCCAGUUGCUGCUAUAAGGGAGCAUAAACCAAUAAAAAUUGAACCAUUUCCUAAUGCUGUAGAAAUACCGGCAGAUGAGACGGAUGUCUGGGAAAUUGAUCCUAAGCUGCUAAAAGUUGAGAAUAAAGUUGGAUCUGGAUCAUACGGUGAUCUGUACAGAGGCACGUAUUGUAGUCAGGAAGUUGCAAUCAAAGUCCUCAGACUUGAGCGUAUCAAUCCAGAGAUGGUGCGAGAUUUUUCACAAGAAGUGUAUAUAAUGAGGAAAAUUCGGCAUAAAAAUGUAGUGCAAUUUAUAGGAGCAUGCACACGACAUCCAAACUUGUGCAUUGUGACGGAGUUCAUGUCUAGAGGUAGCCUAUAUGACUUUUUGCACAAGCAUAAGGGGGUGUUUAAGCUUCCUUUUCUACUCAAAGUAGCAAUUGAUGUUUCCAAGGGAAUGAACUAUUUGCAUCAGAAUAACAUAAUCCACAGGGACCUCAAGACUGCGAAUCUUCUGAUGGAUGAAAAUGAGGUUGUUAAGGUUGCUGAUUUUGGGGUUGCCAGAGUGCAAGCUCAAUCUGGAGUCAUGACAGCAGAAACUGGAACAUACCGUUGGAUGGCUCCCGAGGUGAUUGAACACAGACCAUACGAUCACAAGGCAGACGUUUUCAGUUUUGGCAUAGUAAUGUGGGAGCUUCUUACAGGACAACUCCCAUAUUCUUCACUGACUCCAUUACAAGCAGCGGUUGGUGUGGUGCAAAAAGGUCUCCGACCUCCGAUACCGAAGAACAGCCAUCCUAGGCUUGCGGAAUUGCUUGAGAGGUGCUGGCAGCAAGACCCUACUCAAAGACCUGACUUCUCAGAAAUCAUAGAGAUUCUUCAGCAUAUAGCAAAGGAGGUGAAUGGGAAACAAGAUUGGAGCAAGGACAGAUCAUCUAGCAGCUUUUUUUCAGGCCUGAGAUGGACUCAUCGCUAGUUUUGCUGGAUAAUUGGAAGGAGAAAUCGGAAUGUAGCGUGCUACUUUUCCCAUCGCAUGUAUUAAUUCACGUUGUACAGUUCCGUUUACUUACAAACGACACUAGUCGUUUUCUUUAUAGUACCGAGUUUAUCUUGUUGUGCAUGGGUUUCGACUUUUGAGCAAGCUUUAUUGUACCUCAGGUUUCUCCUAUCUCUCACAGUUUCUUCAAAUGUAUGCAAAGAUAUGAGAUGGAUAUUUUUGGGAUAAGGCCAAAAACUGCAUUUUUCAGCAAUCUAACUUGUGCCCUUGUGGCAAACCUA